ACGGGCAACCCGCUCGUCGACUACUACCUCUGGAUCAAAGUGCCGGGUGACAAGCUCGUCGACUACUACCUCUGGAUCAAAGUGCCGGGUGAGUCGGACGGCCAGUGCUACGGCCAGUCGGGCGAUGCGAUGAUCGGUCCGGGCGCUGGUCAGUUCUUUGCGGACGGCUUCAAGUCCCUCUGGGACCAGGGCUACUUCGUCGCGCAUGGCUUUCCCAAGAUCGGUCAGACCACGGGUUCACCGACGAUGGCACCAACUUCGACGCCGGCUCUGACAACAAAGACUCCGUCGCCAUCGACGCCCCAGCCAUCGGUAGCCCACAACACGGGCAGCAAGGUCGUCGACUACCUCCUCUGGCUCAAGGUGCCCGACAACACGGGCAGCAAGGUGGUCGACUACCUCCUCUGGCUCAAGGUGCCCGGUGAGUCAGACGGCCAGUGCUACGGCCAGUCGUCCGACUCGAGCGUUGGCCCCGGCGCCGGUCAAUUCUUCCCCGACGGCUUCCAGC